CCACCCCGUCCCACAAAACCACCACGCCGAGGCAGAAGCAGUCAAGCAGAACAGAACCCAGCAGCUCCCAUUAAUGGACUGCGCAACAGCUUAAACUACGCCGCCCAUUUCAAAAGGAACCGAACCGGCCGCAGCAGCGCAGCGGGCACGCGCCUUGGGGGUGGAGGGAAUGGCGGAGGCGGCGGCGAUCCUCUCGCUCUCCGCGGCCGCCGUGGUGGAAGACGUCCUGCGGCAGCACGGGUGCCGCCUCAGCGACCGCGACCUCGCGUCCCGCAGGGCCGAGGAAGCCGCGGCGAGGAGGAACGAGGCGGCGGGGUGGCUGCGCCGCACGGUGGGGGCGGUUGCCGCGCGCGAUCUUCCGGAGGAGCCGUCCGAGGAGGAGUUCCGCCUCGGCCUCCGCAACGGCCAGAUCCUCUGCGGCGCGCUUAACCGGGUCCACCCGGGCGCCGUCCCGAAGGUGGUCGUGAACACGGCGGCGGACUCCGUGCUGCAGGCCGACGGCGCGGCGCUGUCGGCGUUCCAGUACUUCGAGAACGUGCGCAACUUCCUGGUGGCGGCGCAGGAGAUCGGCCUGCCGUGCUUCGAGGCCUCCGAUUUGGAGCAGGGAGGGAAGAGCGCCAGGGUGGUGAACUGCGUCCUCGCACUGAAGUCGUACGGUGAUUGGAAGCAAUGCGGUGGCACCGGGCCGUGGAAGUACGGGGGGAAUCUUAAGUCCUUCGGGAGGAAGAGCUCUGAGCCGUUCCGGAGGAGCCAAUCGAUCAAUGAAGGUGAAGUGCCCUAUGAUGAAGCUGGGUUCAAUGGCGACACUCAUUUUGAUUCCAGCGACAUGUCAACAUCGCGCCCCCUUAAAAUGUUGGUCAGUGCAGUUUUGUCCGACAAAAGGCCAGAUGAAGUUCCACAGCUCUUGGAGUCCAUGCUGAGCAAACUUGUCGAAGAAUUUGAAAAUCGUCUAAACAGCCAAAAUGAACUGGUCAAAGCGGCUCUGAAAAAUGGUAGUGAUAACACGAAAUCCUUUUCAAAAUCAAAGGUUCUGGUUGAGACCACUCCUAAUACUAGUGGGAGAAAGAUGGAUACAGCAGAUAUUUACUGUAGCCAUAAACAAACAAAAAAAGAAGCAUCUAGAGAAGUGGCACUGAAGCAACAUUCAAUUCUACAACAACAGUCAAAAAAUGUUGAGGAACUUAAGAGUGAUCUGAUAACUACAAGGGCUGGUAUGGAGUAUAUGCAAAUGAAGUACUCCGAGGACCUCAACCUUCUUGGAAGGCACCUGUUUAGCUUGGCUCAUGCUGCUUCUGGUUAUCACAAAGUUCUUGAAGAAAAUAGAAAGCUAUACAACCAGGUCCAAGAUCUUAAAGGAAGCAUCAGGGUAUAUUGUAGGAUACGUCCCUUUUUGCCUGGACAAGCAAGUCCAUCCACCGUGGGUUCCAUCGACGAGGGCAACAUAACCAUUGUCACCCCUUCCAAGUCUGGAAAGGAAGGCCGGAAAAAUUUUAGCUUCAAUAAGGUUUUUGGCCCAUCAGCAACACAAGAUGAGGUGUUCUUAGAUACUCAACCUCUCAUUCGCUCAGUUCUUGAUGGAUACAAUGUCUGUAUCUUUGCAUAUGGCCAAACUGGAUCAGGGAAGACAUACACGAUGAGUGGGCCCAAGAACAUGACUCAGCAAACCCAAGGUGUCAACUAUCGGGCACUUGGUGAUCUAUUUAAGCUUGCUGAACAAAGGAAAGGAACCUUCAUUUAUGAUAUUGCUGUGCAAAUGAUCGAGAUUUACAAUGAACAAGUUAGGGAUCUCCUUGUCACUGACGGCCUCAACAAAAAAUUAGAGAUUCGGAAUAACUCUCAAAAUGGGCUAAAUGUGCCAGAUGCAAGUCUUGUUCGUGUGACAUCAACAAUGGAUGUCAUGGAAUUGAUGAACGUUGGGCAAAAGAAUCGUGCUGUCGGUGCCACUGCACUAAAUGACAGGAGUAGUCGUUCCCACAGUUGUUUAACUGUUCAUGUUCAGGGAAGGGAUCUGACAUCAGGGACCAUCCUUCGCGGGUGCAUGCAUUUAGUUGAUCUUGCUGGCAGUGAACGGGUUGAUAAAUCAGAGGUCACUGGAGAAAGGUUAAAAGAAGCACAGCAUAUAAACAAAUCAUUGUCCGCCUUAGGGGAUGUAAUUGCUUCGCUUGCCCAAAAGAAUUCACAUGUACCUUACAGGAAUAGUAAAUUAACACAACUUCUCCAAGAUUCACUUGGAGGUCAGGCCAAAACCUUGAUGUUUGUUCAUAUAAGCCCAGAAAGUGAUGCUGUAGGAGAAACCAUCAGCACCUUGAAGUUUGCUGAGCGUGUGUCAACUGUUGAACUUGGUGCUGCUCGACUAAAUAAAGAAUCUGGAGAAGUUAGAGAGCUUAAAGAGCAGAUUGCUCGACUUAAAUCAGCAUUAGCUGCAAAAGAUUUAGGAUCGGAGCAAAUCAUGAGUCGUGACUCUGAGGCAUUUAACACAAAGACGCCUUCGCCUGGUUUUUCAAAUAGGCGACAAGGUAGCUGUGAUCUACUGUCUAGCCAAACUAACUUCAGACAACCAAUGGAGGAUGUUGGAAACAUAGAGGCUAGAGCCAAUCCUACACUGAGGCAAAAGAAACCAAGCUUUGAUCUCCAGGAUUUAUUAACAGCAAAUGAUUCUCCUUCAUGGCCAGAUAGCAAUUUGAGGGUAAAUUUUCAGAUGGGAGAUGAAAGAGAAGCAAUUGGUGGGGACUGGAUAGAUAAGGUUGUAGUGAACAACAAUAAUUCAGUCGGUGAUUGGGAGGGUGACACUGCAGCUUUGCCUGACUUCUUUUACCAGAGAUAUCAUUCAGGUAUGAGGGAGAAGCAGUACCAGAGGAAUAACACAAGACAAAAGGAUGACCAUGAGUAUGAACAGCAAAGGCCUCGGUUUUACUCUACAAAUACUGAUGAUUCUGAUGAUAUUGACAUGGCAACUAGUGAUUCCUCAGAAUCAGAUGCUCUAUGGCAGCUCAAUGUCCAAAGCAUGAAUAACUCAAUUAGUGACAGCGGCUCAAAGGUUAAGAAACCACAAAUAAAGCUUAGAGAUGGUUCAGAUGCCAGGACACCAAUUCAUUCUCAAAUACCAUCAGCGUCGAGAAAAGUCGCAAACGGUUCAAACAGAUCUGUUAGGCAGCCUUUAAGCAGAAGCGAUAGCAGAAGGCUUUCAUCAAAUGGAAGACAAACCGGUGCAAAGUAGGGACUUACAAUGAUCGCGUGCAGUUUUUGCCUUUUUUUUUCUCGGUGUUUGUCACGAGAGAUUGUGAGGUUGUUCUCGAGUACAGCAAUGAGUGACAAUAAACCCAAUUGAUUGUGUCAGUGUGGUGAGUUGUGAUCUCAACAACUGGUGUGUGAGGCCAUUAACCUUUUUUUUUGUUGGCCUAUCAAGCUAUGUUGAGUUCUUGCUAAUUCUUUGUAUCUUGUUCAUAAUAUAAAUAUAUAAUGAAAAGAAAGGAAAUGAUUGAUAAUACCUAUA